AUGGAUUACGAGAACUAUAUUCUACAACUUCGAACCUCUACAAGUUUCCGCGGCUAUGUGAUAUUUAUCAAUAUUCUGACGACAAUUACAAUAUUUACAUCAAUUCUGGCUAUCAAGAAUCUACUAGUGAAGAAACUAUUCAACAAACCGACAAAUCAUUUAAUCAUUUCGAAUAUUGUUUGUCAAAAUAUUCACAAUUUUUCGUAUUCCUAUAUUGAGGUGAAUCGGGAACACAAGUUUGUGGGCUCCAAAGAAGCUCGAGAAUGA